AGUUGGUGUGUGUAUCAAAAAACAUAUGCAAAAAAGAAUUUCUAUCGUCUCUUUGUCUCUCUCUCUCUCUCUCUCUCUCUCUCCAAUCGAUGCUUCGAUGUUCAUCUGUAGAAAAAGGGAUCGAAGAAUCAAAUCCAUUGAAAGUACAAUUUUAUGUUUAUCAACUUCAUUCGAUCAAGUAUCUGCUAAAUCAAGCGAUGUAUGUCAAAGAUCAUUGUCUCCAUGAGUAGAUUGGCCAUCUAAGUUUUGAAUUGGGAGAAAUCAAAUCUUUUUGUCAAGAUCGAGACUGAUAGAAAACAAUCAUGUAUUUUCAGACAUCUUCUCGUGCUAAAAAGAGUCCUACAGGAUAAAAUAUAGACCCUUGGAGCGGAUAGACAGAGCCCGGAUUCAGAUUUAUAAACUGGCAUAAAUCUGAUGAUAGCAUCAUAUAUGUAAAGGCAUGAAGUAUUAGAUUGCAGUCAUCAUAAGUGAUAUAAAGAGACGCUCAAACUGAGUACCGAGACAAACAUAGAGAGAUGAAUUUUAACUACAAUGACAUCACAGAUCAUAAGGGCCGGAAGACCAAUGAGUGAGUCAACAACAUUUGCGAACACCAUACUUUCAAUACGGUUAGUAAUAACUUAUCUAUUAUAACUAAAUCAUAAGUUUAAAGCAAUGUAAAAAUAUUUUUAAGAAAUUAGAUUAAGAAAAAACAAUGGCUUAAGUAUAUAUGCUGGGUUAAUACCACGAUUAAUACAAAUCUUUUCUUCACAAUAGUUUAUAAUCUUGCAUCAGUCAUCCUCAAAAAACCUGAUAUCAUGACAUUUUAUAUGUGGCUGAUGUUUGAGUUGGACUAUCGGAGGACGAAAUUCAAGUUAUCCAGAUACAAUGGAAGACGACAACCUAGACACAGACUGAGAAUACGAAAAACAAUCGAGACUUUGAAAAUGGCGAUCCUGUGUAAUAACCGGUGAAUUCAACGGCGAAAUCAAGCUUCUCCGCCUCUCUGCUGCUCGCUGCUUCUCUCUGUUUGCCUCCACCUCUGAACUAAUUUCGUUUUUGUUUCACCGCCUCUCUCUGAUGGCCAAAAAAUUGAGACUUUGAAGAUGGCGAUCUUGUGGACGAACCAGUGAAAUCAAAGGCAAAAUCGAGCUUAUCCGCCUCUCUGCCUCUCCGCUUCUCGGCGCUUCUCUCUGAUUCUCUUCACCUCUCCGCUACUCUCCGCCUCUCUGCUUCUCGUCGCUUCUCUCCAUUUCUCUCCACCUUUCGGCUUCUCUCCCCUUCUCCGCCUCUCUCAUCCGGCUAUCUGGUCUCAAUUUGUGAACGAUAUGGAGCUGGAGCUACCUAAACGAUUAUAUGCAGAGGGUUCAGAACCUCGGGUUAAGAAGAUCAACAACAGUUGCCGCAUGGAACUUAUCAGAGAUCUGAAGAAAGCUAUGUGUGCAGAGUACGAUGAUGUGAAGAGAGAUCCUGUUUUCACACAUAUCAUGGCUAUUGCCGAAAAUGAUCUCAAGUUCUCUGGGAAACUAGUGGAUAGCUUCAUAUGUAGACAGCUGAUUACCUCAAAGCUGCAUGAGAAGUGGUUUGUUUUUGCGAGGACGCCUCUCCGGUUUUCGCUUCAGGAGUACCAUGCUGUGACAGGCCUCAAGAUUACACGGGAAACUAACAGUGACGUAGUGAAAUGGAAAAACGACGGGGGUUUUUGGAGUAACCUACUGCACACAGGUGGUAAGAUCACCUUGCAGUCGAUCAGAAAGGUUCAUCUACAAGAAGUUCACACUUGGACGCGGCUUGAUAGGAUGAGGUUGAUCUACUUGUGUGUAAUAGUGGGUGUGGUGAUGGGGAGAGAUGAGAAGGUGUCCAUCCCUCAUAUGUACAUCAAGUUGGUGAUGGAUUUUGACAAGGUUCGGAAGUUCCAUUGGGGUCUUCACUCGUAUGAUUUCCUGUUGAGUUCGAUUGAGAAGGCAAUGAAGAAGUUGGGUAAGAAGGAGAGCUACAUUUUCGAGGGUUUCUCCUAUGCUCUCCAGAUUUGGAUUAUGGAGGCAAUUCCUGAUUUUGGAGAAAUAUUAGGCAGAAGAGUCUCAGACAGCUUCAAAGGUCCAAGGUGUGGCAAUUGGAAAGGAGUUGCAAAAGUUUCUUAUGAAGACAUCAUUGAGCUCGAGGACUCCUUAACUAAGAAGGAUAACUUCUUCUCGGUCAUAUCAGUGACUGGUAAUGGUGAUGUGUUUCUAGAUGCUCAGUACACAAGGGAGGGUGAGAUGGAAGAUGAACGAGUGGACCUUGUUUUGGGGAGGAUCAGGAACAAGUAUGAUUGGAGCAACACAGACUGGCCAGUUUUAGACCCUGAAGAGUCUAAAAUGGAGGAACCCGACAGCCAUGAUAGAGGGUCAGAAGCUGAUAAGAUCGUGGAUCAUACGGAUGUUGUAGCAGACGAGGAGAACUCUUCGGUUAAGGUCGCAGGAAAAGGCAAGAGAAAGUUUCUUGAUGAAGGAGCAGAGACAAGAAAGAAGAAGGUGCUGUGUAAGCGAUCAGCAGAAAAGUUUCUGACUUUUGGUCCUGAAACUAUGAGUUUCAUUGAGGGUCUUAUCCGCACAUCUGUCACUUCAUUGGGAGAUGUGCUCAGUAUGCAAAUGGCGAAUAUGGAGAGGGUGUUUACAGAGAGGAUGGGAAAGAUGGAGAUUGAGGUUUCACAGCUCAAGGACGCAAUCAGUUUGACUGGUGAAGGAAGCUAUCCUAGUAAGAAAGAAACUGAAGAAGCUCCACUAAACAGCAAAGCCAAGGAAGCUCCACCUAAGAGCAAAGGCGCUCAAGCUCCACCUAAGAGCAAAGGCGCUCAAGCUCAACCUAAGCGCAAAGGCGAUCAACCUACUCCAACAAAAAAGGACGGGAAAAAGAUUGCUACAGAAACUAAUGAUUUUGAUUUUGGAUUGAGUACACAAGACUUGCGGGACCUGUCCCAAGCUACAUUUGUUGACGGUUUUGAUCUGUCUCAAGUGAAAGUUGAGACGUUAAGUAAAUCGAAACCGUUUAACAUGGCUCCACUGCAGUGGAAUGAUGAGGAAAUGGAUCGAACCAAAGAAGACUCGCCAGAUGCCGCGUUGGUGUUUUUCCGUGAAGAGGAUUGGGAAAAAGUUAGAACUUGGUCAACUUCCUCCACACCUAUACGGAUUGGACCUGCCACUUUAGAUUUUGAGAUUGCUAAUCGUCUUAUGGAUAAAUCUGAGUGGUUAAAUAGCUUGGAGAUUGACGCUGCAAUGUACGUAUUCCGGGAGAGAACAUCUUUGAAACGAUGGAGACCUCAUCGUGUCGCCUUCAUGACUGUCGUCUUCAGCAAUAUGAUUAAAAAAGAGUAUGGUCAUUUAGAAGCUCAGGGUAGAAAGAGCUACAUGCUUCAUAAUUUGCUACUGCAGUUCGGUAAAGGAGUCCUUCCACCACAUGGCAGGACACAUGAGAUAUGGAAUAUAGAUGUGGAUCGCCUGUAUGUCCCUGUUCAUGUCAGUGGGAAUCAUUGGAUCGCCUUGUGCAUCAGUUUCGUGACGAGGAGCAUUGAAGUGUUCGACUGCUCGGGUAAGAAAAGGUACAAGGAGGUGGAUGGGUUCGCAAACCUUAUUCCGCGUAUUGUCAAGGCAGUUCAGCCUAUGAGACACCAGAAGGAUUUCGCAGUCGGUGCAUAUACUGUUUCCUAUGUCCCCGUUGGGAAUCUGAAUAAAAGUGCAUGCGACUGUGGCGUCUAUGCAGUGAAGUUCAUUGAGUGUCAUGCGCUUGGAUUGGAGUUGUCGUUGUUGCAUGAUGGUAACAUUAUCGAAGCUCGCCACAGGAUUCUAUGGGAUCUUUGGGAAGCAGCUAAUGAUCCGGAAUUGAUUGAUAGGAUGUCAAAGUAUCAAUCCCCGGAGUGUCUCUCUUCGACUGUAGAAGAGAUUUUGUGAGACUGCUUGGUUUCAAGUUCUAAUGUAAUGAACAAGAUUGCUUAAUCUGAUGUAUAACUUCUAGAUUUUAUUAUCAUUUUUAGGAACAAGACUGCUUAGUUUAUUGUAUAACUUCUAGUGUUUAAUUAUGAUUUUUAGGAUUGACUCUUGUAAUCAAAUGUACAUCUUGUGGUUUUGUUAUUAAGAGUUUUUAGCUGAA